CGAAAUUCCAAAAUCUUCAUUUUUUAUGUAGCGUAGUUAUAUACAGAGAGUUUUAGAGAGGGGAGACAGAGAGCUCUCUGUCGUUGAAGAGAAAAACAUAGAGAGAAGCUCUAGGAGAAGGAGACAGAAGAACGAAAUGAAGGGUACCCUAGCAAGGCAUUUGACGGUUCAGCUAGGUCAAGUUUCUCGCUGCCAGAACCUUCUGGAAUCGGAAUCCACCGUCGAUAACAUCGACGCUGAUGUCGACGACAAAGAUUUCAUUCUCAGCCAAGACUUCUUCUGCACUCCUGACUACAUCACUCCUGAUGGUCAAAAUAUUUUGAAUGGUCUGGAUUGCAACAAGGAUAACAUCCCGUGCCCCAAGUCUCCGGAGAAGCUAAAGACUUCAAGAAUCAAAAGGAAGAGAGAGGAUGAUACCUUAUUAGAUUCUCCCAAUUCCACCUUGUUUGAUCAACCAAUAUUGGAGCUAGAAAAAGACACUUUUGGUACGGAUGAAGUUAAGGUGGAGAAAGCAAUAGUAACUGGAUCACAAAAGAAUCAAAGUUAUGUUUCACAAUCUGCAGUUGCCUUACGGUGUCGGGUUAUGCCCCCUCCUUGCUUAAAGAACCCAUAUCUGAAGAAUGCUUCUGAAACUGACAUAGAUCCUUUUGGAAAUCGAAGAUCAAAAUAUUCAGGUUUUUUCCCUGCACUUAUUGGUGGAGAUGGCCUUUCCCGAUAUCACACAGAUUUCCAUGAGAUUGAGCAAAUUGGUGAUGGGAACUUCAGUCGUGUUUUCAAGGUUCUGAAGAGAAUUGAUGGUUGCAUGUAUGCAGUGAAACAUAGCACAAGACCAUUGCAUCAAGACACAGAAAGGAGGAAAGCUUUGAUGGAAGUUCAAGCUUUGGCAGUUUUAGGAUCUCAUGAAAACAUUGUAGGUUACUACACUUCAUGGUUUGAAAAUGAGAAACUCUAUAUUCAAAUGGAGCUUUGUGAUCACAGCUUAUCCAUCAAGAGAUCUUCCCACUUGUUCACAGAAGGGGAAGUCCUGGAAGCUAUGCAUCAGAUUGCCAAGGCCUUGCAAUUUACACAUGAGAAAGGAAUAGCUCACCUAGAUGUAAAACCUGAUAACAUUUAUGUCAAAGAUGGUGUUUACAAACUUGGUGAUUUUGGUUGUGCAACACUUCUUGAUAGAAGCCUUCCUAUUGAUGAAGGUGAUGCGCGUUAUAUGCCACAAGAAAUCUUGAAUGACAACUACGACCAUCUUGACAAGGUUGACAUGUUCUCCUUGGGAGCUGCUAUCUAUGAACUUAUUAGAGGCUCACACUUGCCUGAAUCAGGAUAUCAGUUUUUGAAUCUUAGAGAGGGAAAACUGCCACUUCUUCCUGGCUAUUCUUUGCAAUUCCAGAACUUACUCAAGGCAAUGCUGGAUCCAGAUCCAGUUCAGCGGCCUUCAGCUAAAGAACUAGUAGAAAAUCCAAUUUUUGACAGGCUCCAAAGAAAUGCCAAAACCAAGUAAGGUCAUUUUGCUACAAUUGAACUUUGACUGGAACUGGAAGCUAUGAUUAAGAGAUUGUAUAUGCAGCCACUUAUAUUUUGCUGGUCUGGCAAACAAGGGAUGGAAAAGAUUAUGAAUUCCCAAAAUUUGUGACAAUAGCAUUUUGUCCACCAUAUGCACCAUUUUUCCCCUCAGCAUGGUGCAGAUUUUGUAAAUUGUCAAAGAAAACCUUGAGGAUGCUGUAAUUUUUGUUGUGAUGGAAUGCAGUGCUAAUGAUGAAGUCCCUUUGA